AUGAUUUCCCACUACAGACCGAGCCCAGGCUCCACCAUGUCCCUGUCCUUCUGUGGCAGUGAGAACAACUCCGUCGCCUACAAUGUGGAUCGUGGCGUGCUCAACAAUGGAUGCUUUCUCGAUGCCCUCACUGUGGUGCCCCAUGUCUUCCUGCUCUUCAUCACCUUCCCCAUCCUCUUCAUUGGUUGGGGCAGCCAGAGCUCCAAGGUUCACAUCCAUCACAGUACAUGGCUUCAUUUCCCUGGACACAAUCUGCGCUGGAUCCUCACCUUCAUCCUUCUGUUUGUGCUGGUGUGUGAAAUCGCAGAGGGCAUCGUCUCUGAUGGGUUUACACAGUCUCUUCAUCUACAUCUCUACAUGCCUGCAUCCCUGGCUUUCAUGGCUGCUAUCACUUCUAUAAUCUACUACCACAACAUAGAGACCUCCAAUUUUCCUAAGUUGCUGCUAGCAUUGCUUAUUUAUUGGAGCUUGGCAUUUAUCACUAAAACCAUCAAGUUUGCCAAGUACACAGAGCAUGGCAUCGGUAUGAGACAGUUGCGCUAUUGUUUGACCGGCCUACUUGUCCUGCUCUACGGCCUGCUACUGACCGUGGAGAUAAAUGUCAUACUUGGAAGGCGCUAUAUGUGUUUUGCACAUCCCACUGAGGUGAAACCUCCUGAAGAUCUGCAGGACCUGGGUGUGCGUUUUCUUCAGCCAUUUGUCAAUCUGCUGUCUAAGGGUACAUACUGGUGGAUGAACACUUUUAUCACCUCCGCUCACAGGCGCCCCAUUGACCUGAAGGUUAUUGGCAAACUGCCCAUUGCCAUGAGGGCACUCACUAAUUAUCUGAAACUGCGCAAGGCCUUUGAAGCUCAGAAGAGGUCUGAUGGCAUGCAGCCGCAGGGACCUCAGUGGAUCUGGAGGGCUCUACGUGAAGCCUUUGGGAAGCCCUUGAUCCUGAGCAUUACCUUCCGUUUCCUGGCUGACUUGCUCGGUUUUGCUGGGCCAUUGUGCAUCUCGGGUAUUGUGCACCACAUCAGCAAGAAGAACCACACCAUCCAGGCACCAGCACAAUUAUUAGGGGUUUAUUUCAUCUCCUCGCAGGAGUUUCUUGCUAAUGCCUAUGUACUGGCUGUGUUGCUGUUCUUUGCUCUGCUUCUGCAGAGGACCUUUCUCCAAGCCUCCUAUUAUGCAGCCAUACAAACUGGUAUCAAUCUAAGAGGAGCCAUCCAGACAAAGAUUUACAAUAAGAUCAUGCGCCUGUGCACCUCCAACAUGUCUAUGGGGGAGAUGACUGUGGGCCAAAUAUGCAAUUUGGUUGCCAUAGACACCAACCAGUUGAUGUGGUUCUUCUUCCUGUGUCCCAACUUAUGGGCCAUGCCAGUACAGAUUAUUGUGGGGGUGAUUCUGCUCUACUACCUCCUGGGAAUAAGUGCCUUGAUCGGGGCAACCAUCAUUACCCUCCUGGCUCCUGUGCAGUACUUUGUGGCUACAAAAUUGUCCCAAACACAAAGAACCACUCUGGAGUACUCCAGUGAGCGGCUGAAGAAAACCAAUGAGUUGUUGCGUGGCAUCAAGCUGCUGAAGCUCUACUCAUGGGAGCACAUCUUCUGUUCUAGUGUGGAGGAGACCAGGGGUAAAGAGCUGACUAGCCUGCAGGCCUUUGCCCUCUACACCUCCAUCUCUAUAUUCAUGAAUGCCGCUAUACCAAUUGCAGCAGUUCUUACUACAUUUGUGGUCCAUGUUCACCUGUCUGACGAUGCAGAUCUAUCCCCAGCUGUAGCAUUCGCCUCACUCUCCCUUUUCCACAUCCUGGUCACACCUCUCUUCCUCCUUUCCAGUGUGGUUCGCUCCACAGUCAAAGCCCUUGUCAGUGUGCAGAAGCUGAGUGAGUUCUUCUCCAGUGAUGAGAUCGGAGAAGAUCAAGAGCCAAAGGCCACCAUUCCAACCAUUUCCACCAACCACAACACUUACCAAGCCCUGCCUCUGAAAGUUGUGAACCGUAAACAUCCGGUGAAAGAUGAGUGGAACAGCUUUGGGCUACAGAGUGAGCAGUGCAUAGAAGCAACUGCAGUGGAGGAUGACGAUAUCUGCAUCAAAAUGAGCAGUGGAUAUUUCAGCUGGACUGAUGGAGCCCCCACACUUUCUAAUGUGAACAUAAAGAUUCCAUUCGGUCAGCUGACUAUGAUAGUGGGUCAGGUGGGUUGUGGAAAGUCCUCUUUAUUACUAGCUGCUCUGGGGGAGAUGCAAAGGCUCUCUGGUACUGUGAUAUGGAACAGUAUCCCAAAGCUGGAUUCAGAGGGAGAUGAAAGCAUGCCUAGUCUUGCUGCAGAUGGCAAUCUCUCUCUCUCUCUCUCUCUCUCUCUCUCUCUCUCUCUCUCUCUCUCAAGAGGUGCUGUUGCAUAUGCUUCCCAGAAGCCCUGGCUUCUUAACGCCUCUGUGGUAGAGAACAUCACUUUUGAGAUGCCUCUGAUCAAACAAAGGUAUAAGACAGUGAUUGAAGCAUGCUCCCUACAGCCGGAUAUCGACAUCCUUCCACAGGGGGACCAGACGGAGAUUGGUGAAAGGGGAAUCAUCCUCUCUGGAGGCCAGAGACAGCGCAUCAGUGUGGCCCGUGCCCUCUAUCAGACCACCAGUGUCGUCUUCCUGGACGACCCAUUCUCGGCACUGGACAUCCAUCUGAGUGAUCACCUGAUGCAGGAGGGUAUUUUGAAACUGCUCCGGGAAGAGAAGAGGACCGUGGUGCUGGUCACACACAAACUGCAAUAUCUGCCACACGCUGACUGGAUCAUUGCAAUGAAGGAUGGUACGAUCCAGACAGAGGGCACACUGAAAGACAUCCAGAAAUCUGAACCUGAACUGUUUGAGCAGUGGAAAACCCUCAUGCAUCGCCAGGACCAGGAAUUUGAGAAGGAGACUGUAGCAGAGAGUAUGACAGUAUUGGAAAGGAAGAACCUGAGAAGGGCCAUGUACUCCAGAGAGGCACUGAAGACAGAGGAAGAAGAGGAAGAGGAGUCAAUGGAGAAUGAUGAUGAGGAUAACCUGUCACAGGCAAUGAGGCACAGAGCCACCAUUCCUUGGCGUUCAUGUGGGAAGUACCUGAGCUCAGCUGGUCUUCUGCUGCUGCCCCUACUGCUGCUGUCUCAGCUGCUCAAACACUCAUUCAUGGUGGCCAUCGAUGUCUGGCUUGCUCACUGGACCUCUGACGUCAUCCAUGCCAAGAUCAAUGCUGUUCGACACAACUGCACACUGGUGCAGGACUGUGGGUUCAGUCACUCAUCGUAUCUGCUGGUGUUCAGUGUGCUGUGCUGCCUGGGCAUUGUGCUGUGUUUGGUCACGGCUGUGACUGUGGAGUGGACAGGGCUGAGUGUGGCCAAAGAGCUGCACCAUAACCUGCUAAAUAACAUCAUACUUGCACCCAUGAGACUCUUUGAGACAACUCCUUUGGGAAGCCUUCUGAACCGAUUUUCUGCUGACAUAAACACAAUAGACCAGCAUAUUCCUACUACUUUGGAGUGUUUGAUUCGCUCUACAUUGCUGUGUGUGUCUGCACUGGGUGUUAUCUCAUAUGUCACACCUGUUGUCCUCAUCGCUCUCACACCGCUCACCAUUGCCUGUUACUUCAUCCAGAAAUACUUCAGAGUGGCGUUCAAAGAUCUGCAUCAGCUUGAAGACAGUACCCAGCUCCCUUUACUCUCUCACUUCUCUGAGACAGUAGAGGGUCUCACUACCAUCCGGGCCUUUAGGUGUGAUGCCAGAUUUCGGCAGAGACUUCUGGAGCUUACGGAUGCUAAUAACGUCGCAUCUCUCUUCCUCACUGCUGCUAACCGUUGGCUGGAAGUCCGCAUGGAGUAUGUUGGAGCCUGUAUUGUCCUUGUAGCUGCAGUGGCCUCCAUCACCAACAGUCUUUACAACCAUCUGUCUACUGGCCUAGUGGGGCUGGGACUGACCUACGCUCUGAUGGUAUCGAACUACCUUAACUGGAUGGUACGUAACCUGGCUGAUAUGGAGGUUCAAUUAGGAGCAGUGAAGAGGAUAAACAACCUUCUGAAGACCGAGCCAGAGAACUAUGAAGGGCUGCUCUCUUCAUCUCAGGUCCCUGAGGGCUGGCCACAGCAGGGUGAGAUUCACAUCCAGAACCUGAGUGUGAGGUAUGACAGCACGCUGAAGCCAGUCCUAAAGCAUGCCAAUGCCCACAUCAGACCAGGACAAAAGGUUGGCAUCUGUGGCAGGACAGGAAGUGGCAAGUCAUCCUUCUCCUUAGCUUUCUUCCGUAUGGUGGAUGCCUUUGAGGGUCAGAUAAUCAUAGAUGAUAUUGACAUAGCAAAGCUGCCACUUCAGACACUGCGGAGCCGUUUAUCCAUCAUCCUUCAAGAUCCCAUUCUCUUUAGUGGAACAAUACGUUUUAAUCUAGACCCAGAGAUGAAGGCUACAGACAGCAUGCUUUGGGAAGCUCUGGAAAUUGCCCAACUCAAACCAGUAGUGCAAACCCUGCAUGGAGGGCUUGAUGCCAUGGUGACAGAAGGUGGGGAGAAUUUCAGUCAGGGACAACGUCAGCUGUUCUGUCUAGCACGAGCAUUUGUGCGCAAAAGCAGCAUUCUGAUCAUGGAUGAGGCCACUGCAUCCAUAGACAUGGCCACAGAGAAUAUUCUACAGAAAGUUGUAAUGACAGCCUUCGCUGACCGAACGGUGGUCAUUAUAGCACAUCGAGUCCAUACCAUCCUGAACACAGACUUGGUGAUGGUGAUGAAGAGGGGGGAGAUUCUGGAGUUCGAUAAACCUGAGGUCCUUCUCAGUAAAGACGGAAGCUCUUUCGCCGCAUUUGUUCGGGCAGACAAGUAAACACAGAUGACCUUCCAU